CACGCAUGCACACACGCGCACGCACACACACUCUGUGCGGUCCUCUCUAAACAACGUUUAUGCAAAGGGAAACCCAAGCAACCCUUGACCUGGUUAAAAUGGUCCAACUGUUUGACUGAAUGCCGCUCUGAAAGGAAAGAGCGUUACCAGGGGUCGGGCAGGAUGAUAUCCCAGGAGGCAUUGCGCCUUCCCCCUGAGGGGCACUCUGUGCCACAGAGCUCACUGGAUUUGAACUCUAUGGAGGACUACUGGAGCGAGUUAAGGAGCAUAGAGGAGACCAGUCACUCCUGCCAGGAGGAGUUGCUAGAGGCACGCAGCAUUGAUGAGGCGGAGCUUGAGGAGGCGUGGCUCCAGGAGGCGGGGCUAUCCACACUGGUGUCAGGGGCCCCGGGCGACGCCCCGGCGGAGGCCCUACUAUCCACCCUCACGCGGACACAGGCCGCGCUUGUCAAGAAGCGGCUGGACAACUACACCCAGACCAUGCGCAAGAGGAACAAGCAGCCCAUCCGCCAUGUUCGGGACGUCUUCGCCACCCCCGAUUCCCCUCCUGUGUGUCCAUCUGAUCCUGUCUCCGCGGUAACCCCUAGCACCCAGCCCUCAUCCAAACUGCCCCACUGGACUCCAUCACAAGUGGAGAGCUGUGGGUCGGACUGCCAGCCGGUGAGGGAGACUCUGUGCUUUGAUGUGCCAUACUCGGAGGGGGCUGUCGCCCGCAGGAAGAACCGCGACUGCCAGGACUGCCAGCGGGUCCAGAGGGAUGACGGAGCCUUGCCAAUAUUUCUUCCUCCAUGUCCUAAGUUGGGGCUGACCAGAGUUGAGGACUUAUCCUUAGAGGACAUGAAGAAGAUUGGCUACAUCUCCCUCAUAGAGCUGACCACCUAUUACGAUGCAUUGGGGGUGGAGCUGAAGAGAACCAGAUCGACGCGGGGCAAGGCUCGAGAGAGCGGUAUCUUUGGAGUUCCCCUGGCGACGCUGUUAGAGAACGACCAGAAAAAACUUCCUGGCUCCAAAGUUCCCCUGGUUUUCACAAAGCUGCUGUCCAAGCUGGAGCAGACGGGACUGCAGACAGAGGGUAUCCUGAGAGUGCCCGGGUCAGCCUCCAGGGUGAAGCAUCUGAGGCAGGAGCUGGAGGCCAAGUUCUAUGAAGACCGCUUUGACUGGGAGCAGGUGCGUCAGAAUGACGCGGCGGGCCUCCUGAAGAUGUUCAUCCGAGAGCUGCCGUGCCCACUGCUCACCCUGCAGCACCUCCCAGCCUUCCUCGCCGUGCAGAAUAUGACCUCAUCCAGGAACCAGAUCCAAGCCCUGCAUCUACUCAUUAUGCUGCUCCCAGAGCCCAACAGAGACACCCUGAAGGCGCUGCUGGAGUUCCUCAGGAAGGUGGUGGCCCACGAGGAUAAGAACCGCAUGAGCCUGUGGAACGUGUCCAUGAUCGUGGCGCCCAACCUCUUCAUCGCCCACGGGAAGAGCACCAAGCUGGAGGAGAUGCAGGGGGCGGCGGGUGCGGCCCACCUGGUGCGCCUCCUCAUCACCAACCAGGACCUGCUGUGGACAGUGCCAUGCUUUCUCAUCUCCCACCUGAGGAAGCUGAAUGAGGUGUCUGUGACGAAGAAGCCCCCAAGCUCGGAGAAGAGCAAGAGAAAGUUGCUGCGGAGGUGGACCAUGGACCGGGACAAGAGAGAGAAGGCUCAGUUCUCUGACCUCCUCCGCGAGGGGAUCAUCCGGGUUCACGCACCCAUGCACACCAAGGUUUCCAUGGCGAUCCUGCUGGACAGCGGGACGAGGGCGAAAGAUGUCAUGGCUCGCUUCGACUGCGAGAACGGCAGAAGCUCUCGAGGUCCCAGCAGAAAACAAAGGCAGCACUUGUUUGAGGUUGGGGGAAACAUAGGAGAGCGAUGUUUGGACCCUGAGGCGCAUCUUCUUGACUUAUACCGUGUGAAUCCCAACUGCUCAUGGGUGUUUAAGCCCAGAACAACCUGAAGGCACCAGGGGAGCAGGAACAGACUUAUGAAAGUGAACCUUCUGAGGAAGCUAUCGCCCCCUGGUGGUCGUCCUAGAAAACGUGCGCUGGGAGCCAGGGCGAUCGAUACUUGUGCCUGUGGAUCGAUGUUGAUUUGGAUUCAGCACCUCAACCCAAUCCCCAAUCCUGGACAUUAAACAGCUGGGCUGUUUGCCUUUUCUAAAGAGCCCGGUUCUGUGGACAUACUGAAUUUCUGGGAGGAGAGCACUUGCACAUGUAUGGACUUUUUUUUAUUUUAGACAGUUUUGAAAUAGAGGUAUGAUCAGUAAACAGUCAUUGCCUUGGUCAGUUCUGCCCCUCCAAUUUCAACAGGAGCCUAUCAGGACUGCAGGUGCCAGGAAGUGCGCACUAAUACAAAUCCUGGAGUAGCCAUGUUACCCACUGGCUGUGUUUCCCCACAGUGUAAAUGUGUACAUACAAUAUUUAUACCACAUAUUUAUCCCACAUUUUUGCAUUACUGUCAACUUUAAACACAGUGCUUUGUUU